AUGUCUCUCUAUCAAACCAAGAAAGUGAAAAUUCAUCCCUCUGUCACUGCCUUCCUCCGCAUUCAGCCCAAAACUGAAGGUUGCCUUGCUGAGCCCGCGGACACUCCCCCACCACCAAAGCCAUCAACAUAUGUAUGCCAACACCUACGUGGCGCAAAGUAUGCCGAGUUUCUUGCACUCAGCCUUGUACGAGGACACGGUGGUUUAUCACCAGCAGACCAUGCCCAUGUCAGGCGCAAACUCUUCCCACACAAGUUGUUCCCGCCACUGGGAGCAAAGGUUCUGAAGUCACAGUUGACCAACAUCAUCAAACCUGUCAUCCUCAAGAACAAGAACCCGGCGCUCAAGCAGAGCAAGUGGAUGGAUGAUGAGAAGGAUAUCUUCAACACUACUCUUCGUGCAUUGGCACACUGGGAAGUAGAUCCUGCCAAGGGCUUUAUCAAGUCUAUGGAGUGCACCAAGGUGACAGGCAACUGGACGAGAAAGCAAAAGGAAGCUUCGCUUCCAGAGGAGGAGCAACACGCUUUACUCGAGUCGCGCAAGACAUUUACACCUCAUGCAAUUGUUGAGUCUGAUGUUCGAAAGCUCACCAAGCUUCUGGGCGAACACCCCCUUGCUUACGAUGUCUACAUGCGUCUGAGCAAUACGGAGGAUAGGCAGUCGGGUUUGUUUGUGUUUCUGUAUCUUCAUAAAGCUGCAAAAGAGGGCUGGCUUGAGGAUCACCGAGCGGUAGUGGGCCUUGCAAAAGUGUUUCAGACAAAGGUAUACAUUGACGAGUCCGGAGAUCCUAACCUCAAGUCUCUAGCGGCCCGUUCUGAAGACGCUCUUAGCAACCCAUGUCUUGUUCCUGAAAAUGUAGCACGUGCCAAGUGGUACGCCAAAUCUCAAGGAUACUCUGGUCCCUGGGCGCUUGCAUCAGAUGAUACCAAAGUGCGGCGGCGCCUUUCUUACUCGCCUGACUUUGGUGGAUACGUCAUAGGGUCUGUGGUUGUUCUUUCCCAGUGCUCGGUCGACAAUCCCAAUGACCUAGAGGAUGUGUUAAACCAUAUUUACGAAGAGAAUGCAGUCGCUAGUCAAUAUCGUGCAAUCCUCAUGAGGCCCGUGGUACCUGGCAUGCCUCCUGUAGUAGUUGCGCUCCUGCCAAGCAAUGGGAAGGAAAAGGUGCAGGAGGUGCACAAGCUCAAGAUGGUGUUUCUCAGUAUGGCAGCUGCUGUCCAUCUCCCGGUUGUCACCUCCGCAGCUGACGGCGCUGCAGUCGAAGCAGCUGCACAGCUCCUCAUGGACCAAGAGGUGGGAACUGGCAAGGCGGUGGUCUACGAGAAUAUAUGCUUUGGACUCAAGUUACGCGCACCCAUCCAUAAGCAUACCGGGCUGCUCGUCUCAAUUACUUGUUCUUGGCAUGGCAAGAAGACCUCAAGGAAUAAUCCGCAGUACGGAGCUCACACUGCGAUGAUGGGGAUUGGGCAUGUCAUCAAUCAAGACCUCAUUGAUCUCUACAAAACCGGAGAGUCUGGGCUUGGACCCCGCAACCGCACCGUACCCGCCAGACUUGCCGGACUGCGUCGCAGCUCGCGCAGCGCCAGACUUCCGGUUUCAACGCUUUUCUGGCUUGUUCAAGGAGAUGUUAAAGAUGUCAACAAGCAAGAUGACGGUGCUGCAAGGCGCCUCUAUUCCGAGGAAGCAUUCUAUGCGACAACAUCUGUGGAUGAGAAAGCUGAUGACGUUAUCAAGCCCGGCUUCAAAGGCUUGAACGUCUGGCUUUUCAUGUUCGGUGUCACGUUUGAAGCAUAUCUUCACCCUACACUCAUUCCAGAAGAUUCCGAUCCCGUCAACCUAGGAGCUGAUGAUGAAUCAGAUCUCAAUUUGGAUGAUGCCGGAGGCUCAGAUGACGAACCAGACGCAGGCAGCAAGCAAGAUACGCCUCCACUGGAUGGUCUUGAUGCUGGUGAAGCUGCACUAGUCAUGGCACGUGAUUCAGCACUCUCGGCUGAUCUGGAUGCAGUUGAAGCAGAAGUUCGGGAUCUACCCCCAUCGCCUGUGACAGACUCCCCGCUUGCACAUGAUGCUAUGCCUACAGAGGAGCCUCCAACACAUGAACUGGCCAUGGAGGACCAAAUAACUAAUCGAAUUCGCAAUGCCAACAAUCGCGUCUCUGUCACCAUGCUCAAGAACAAACGCCACCGCCUCCAGUCCCUUGCCAAUGUCCACAGCAAGUGUCGUGUUUGUUUAAAUCCGAAAUACUUUCCCUCACUCACCAAGGUCAACGAAGAACUCACCAGUGAGUCAAACGAGGGCAAGAAUACCGAUAGCAGAAAGAAGAUGUCGUCUCAAGAAAUGUCGCAUUGCAUUCGCAUCCAUCAAGCCCAAGCACCAAAGAAAAGCAAAUCGAUCAAGAAGGUGCGCCAACUGCAAUGGUAUGAAGCGUCGUGA